GCGUAGAUAUCGCUUCAGUUAUAAGUAAAUGCCUUUUAAGUCCCAGCGUUGGAGCGGUUCGCACAGUCUAGUCCGCGCCUUACAACUGCGUGCGCGCAUCUUUUGUGAAUUUUCAAUUUCAAUUUGGCAAGAAAAUGCCCAGCCCAGCGUACAGCGUAGAUCUGUAUCUCGGUGACGUGUCCGCCGAGGUGCAAGAAUACGCACGAGAGCACUGCGGGGAGGACCCCGACACUAGGCUCAAGGCCAUCUCCGAGCUGAGAGACAUCGUCUACGAACGGGGUGAAUGUACGCCGCACCGAAUGGACGAUGAAUUCCUGAUCAAAUUCCUUCGUGCCCGAAAAUUCAUACCUCAGCGCGCGCACAGGCUGAUGGUGAACUACUACGAGUUCCGGGAAGAGAACCCGCAGCUGUGCUCGGACGUAUUCCCGCUGGACCUGCGCGCCGUGGGCGACAGCAGCAUCCUGGCCGUACCGCCCUACCUCGCGCAGGACGGCCGCCGCGUCAUGAUCUACAGGAUCGGCUGCUGGAACCCGAACACCAUUCCAACAGAUGACCUCUUCAAGGCGACGCUCAUUGCCAUGGAGCUGGGCAUGAUGGAGCCGGCGAGUCAGAUCUUAGGCGCGCACGCGAUCUUCGACCUGGAGGACAUUGGUCUCCACCACGCGUGGCAGGUCACGCCCGCCAUCGCGUCUAAGAUCGUCAAGCUGUUGGGGUCCUGUUUUCCUGCAAAUACCCACGCCAUCCACGUCAUAAACCACACAUGGGUAUUCGACAAAAUAUAUAACAUCUUCAAGCCGCUCCUCAACUCGGAAAUGCGGUCCAGGAUACAUUUCCACGGGUACGACGUGAAAUCCCUACAUAAACAUAUCCACCCCGACCAUUUGCCAGAGAGAUAUGGCGGCAUUUGGCCCGACUAUUCCUACACGAUAUGGUUGGACUCACUGAAGAAAAACUACAAAGUCGCUAAAGAGAUGAUCAGUUGCGGCUACAAGUUUCGCGAAGAAGAGUUAUGCCCCGAAGUUGUUAGACAGCUAAAAGAUGAAGGGGUAAAGUUGUCGUGAAAUUAGGCCGACGAUAUCUAGCAUAACAUUGGAAGGACUCGGGAGUUCGGCGCCCCGGGCUGUUGGCGAACAAGACAAAUUAAACCUUGGCUUGGAUACAACCUCCACUAAUAUAAUCAUAAUAAUUUUUAAAGGAAAAUAAACAGGCUUUCAGUAAUUUUCCUUGGCAAAUGUUCAUGUUAAAAGAUAGGUACUCAAGGCCAUUCGGAACUAGGUCGUAAAAACAUUAAGAAAUUGCUUUUCUGGUAGAGCACUCUCUAUGUCGGUGUAUCAUUUAAAUGUAAUUUUUAAACCGAGUACUUUUGUAUGUCUUUCUGCUUUUUCAAAGAUACUAAACUUAACAUCUCGAUGCUGAUGUGCAAUAAUGGGUUAUCCCACAUGAAUUUUGCAAUAAAAUGUAAACUUUAAUCGUCAAAUUUUUGAGUUGACAUCUUAAUGCAUGCACAUUAUUGCGUAUCAGUAUCCUUCUAUAGUUUAUAAUGUCUAUAAGUACAUUUAUACUCGUACAUAUUAUGUUAAAUCAGUUAUUACCCGGGCUCCUAAGCCGGCAUAGUGGUAUUGCCGCCGCGGCGCGCGUUGGAAUUUGUGUACUCUAGUACAAUAGUUUACUUAUAACAACCCUUCUGCUUGGCCUUGCUGCAGCUAGAAAAGACUGACAUUUCAAUAGUCGCAUAUCAAAUGUGCCUACGUAGGUAUAAUAUAAUGAUUAAAAAUACCGCCAUUACGUUAAUUGUGUGUGACAUGACACAAAUUUUUUCAGCAUUACAUUAGUUUUUUUGAAUGCCAGUGAAUUUAAUUUUUUUGUGUUUGUUAUUCGUGUAUGUUGGUUAGGUUUAAUUUAUAAAAUAUGUGAAAGGCAUCCGUAACAUGGCACGGGUGCACAGAGCGGAAACGCGCGCGGGUGUAAAAUUGUCAGGUUCAUUUUUUUUAACAUACUCGUACACUCGAUUUUCUCGUGUGGUUCGCUUGUUGGUUGUCCGUACUUGUAUUGUUGCGACUAAGACCCGCGAAGUCUGAUUGAUUUCUUUUAGAUGUCUUAAAGAUAACAUAACAGUAUAAUAAAAAUAUCAGUACCUAUAAAUUGAGCUGAAUAGCAUUGUUGUGUUGAUGGGGGUGUCCAAUUCGCCGCAGCCGCCCCGACUGUUUUUCGUUAACCCGCUAAAGUGCACACGCGUGAUGUUAAGAGAUUAAUUUAUAAUAUAAAUAUUAGCUACUAAGCGUUUCUUAGCCGAUAAUGAGUUAUCACAACAUUUGAUAUGUGAUGUGGUUAGUGUAGUGCAAUAUACUUGACGUUUAGGUUUAAUGUUACGUAUGAAUGGGACCAAGUCAAGGACCAACCAUGAGUCAAGUUAACCAACCAUGAGUAACGGUCUCAUGGUCCAUGACAUAGUAGGUACAUUGGUAGAAUGAGAAGGUAUUUGUUGUUAAAUUAAAUUUAGAGUAGGUACUUGUAAUUAUGAUACAUUUUGACAAACUAUGUAAAAAAAUCUUAGUAGGUAUUUUAAUUUAGACUAAGAUGAUUUUUCUUUCUAUAUCUAGGCGUAUUUAGAUCAUAUUGCUAAAGAAAUCGUCAAGAAUCUGUGAUAUAAAGUGCGUUUUGUUCUUACAUCUUAGUUAUAUCUUAUCUUAUAAUAACUGUUCAGGAUUUGUGUAAAUUUCCUUUGUGUUGACAAGUUCAUAACACAAAGGUCGGUAAUCAGUAAGUCCCAGCAAUUUUUAUUUCAUUGGAACUAUAGUAUAAUUUUAGUUUUUUUUAGGGUUUGUAGAUGUAAAUUCGACAGAUAACUAAUUAGUUAUGUUAGUUUUACGGCAUUAUGUAAUUUUUCAUUUGUGUAAUUUAUAUGCUGAAUUUAUUAUACACACGGUUUUUUUGGUUUCCGUUAAAUUUGACACAUUGUUAGGUUCGUUAUCAGGAACCAUCCUGUAUAUCACUUUCAGUUUAAUUCACAAAAAAAAAUAUCGUUUUCAUACAUAGUAAAUUAAUUAAUCAGUGUGAGAGACCCUUAAGGAUAACAUUCAAGUUAGUGUCAAGUGACUGACGGCACAUGUCAAAAUAAAUAACAUUAGGAAGUGGUAAAGGCAGCCACACACAUGUUUUUAAUAACUCGGUAACCGGUAAUAGUUAAGAUGCUAGUUUGAUAGGGAAAUUAAUUGUAUUUGAUCUAAUGAACCUUCCCUUAAAGUUAACGGAAUUCAAUAAAAACACGGUGUAAAUAACCAACAAGCUAGCUUAAGUUAUAUGUUAAUGAUACUGAUGACAAUACAACAUUCCACUGAAAUUUC